CAUGCAAAAGCUAGUGCUCUAUGCUUAUAUUUACCUGCUCAUGCUGAUUUCAGUUGAUCCGGUGGCUCUUGAUGACAGUAGUCAGCCCACAGAGAACGCUGAAAAAGACGGACUGUGCAAUGCUUGUACGUGGAGACAGAAUACAAAAUCUUCCAGAAUAGAAGCCAUAAAAAUUCAAAUCCUCAGCAAACUGCGCCUGGAACAAGCUCCUAACAUUAGCAGGGAUGUUAUUAAGCAACUUUUACCCAAGGCUCCUCCACUACAGGAACUGAUUGAUCAGUAUGACGUCCAGAGAGAUGACAGUAGUGAUGGCUCUUUGGAAGAUGAUGACUAUCAUGCCACCACCGAAACGAUUAUCACAAUGCCUACGGAGUCUGAUUUGCUUGUACAAAUGGAGGGAAAACCAAAAUGUUGCUUCUUUAAGUUUAGCUCUAAAAUACAAUAUAACAAAGUAGUAAAGGCACAAUUGUGGAUAUACUUGAGGCAAGUCCAAAAACCUACAACGGUGUUUGUGCAGAUCCUGAGACUUAUUAAACCCAUGAAAGAUGGUACAAGAUAUACUGGAAUUCGAUCUUUGAAACUCGACAUGAAUCCAGGCACCGGUAUUUGGCAGAGCAUUGAUGUGAAGACAGUGUUGCAAAAUUGGCUCAAACAGCCUGAAUCCAAUUUAGGCAUUGAAAUAAAAGCUUUUGAUGAGAAUGGACGAAAUCUUGCUGUAACUUUCCCAGGACCGGGUGAAGAUGGAUUGAACCCAUUUUUAGAGGUCAGAGUUACAGACACGCCAAAACGGUCCCGCAGAGAUUUCGGUCUCGACUGUGACGAGCACUCCACAGAAUCCCGAUGUUGUCGCUACCCGCUGACCGUGGAUUUUGAAGCUUUCGGGUGGGAUUGGAUUAUUGCACCUAAGAGAUACAAAGCCAAUUACUGCUCCGGAGAAUGCGAGUUUGUGUUUUUACAAAAAUACCCCCACACCCACCUUGUACACCAAGCAAACCCCAGAGGUUCGGCGGGCCCUUGCUGCACGCCCACCAAGAUGUCCCCCAUAAACAUGCUGUACUUCAACGGGAAAGAACAAAUUAUAUACGGCAAGAUCCCGGCCAUGGUUGUAGAUCGCUGCGGGUGCUCAUGAGAUCCUCGUCAGAUCCUCAGAAAUUGUGGAAGCUACCAAAAAAAAAGAAAAAAAAAAAGAAAAAAAGAAAAGAAAAGAAAAAA